GUAUUUACAUAAUGACAUCGGCCCAAUAGAGAGUCUGGAGUUUUAUAUUAGUGGAACCUAAAGAGCGGCCUUAACUCCAAAACCUAUCUACAUAUACAUACAUACCACAUAACUCGAUCAUUAAGAAGAGUGGUGAAGGACAGAGAUCUCCAGCACUAUGCCGAGAAAUAAAAAGUCAACGACGGCAACGGGAACGGGAACAACGCCAACAACACGUUCGAUACAAAAACUUUUGAAAAAUUCCAAAACUGCGCCAGAGGAAAAUAAUAAUACCAAGAAGGAGCAGCAGGAAUUGCCAACACCAUUGGAUUCCAAUCAGGCAACGACAUCAGCGUUAACGUCAACGCCAACGUCGACGCAAAGACAAACAGACGGCGGCAGCGAUGAAGUCAUCGAAGAGUUUGAUUUUAGCUCUAACGACCUAAAAGCUCUUGAAGACAGCGACGAAGCGACGUCGUUUGUGGAAGAAAACGUUGAGAGCGGACAAGUUAACGCCGUUGACGAUGUCGAUGCGAACGCAGCAACAGCAACUGAUAACAAAAAUAAAAAGCCAAACAAAAAGCAACAAAUAGAGCCAAGUCCCCCAAAGAAAAAUAAUAAUAAUAAUAAUGUCGAUGAAAACGACAGCAGAACGAAAAAAAAAACUGAAACUGAAAUUAAAGCUGCAGUUGAAGCCGAAGCUGAAGAAGGGGAACUGUUAUCGUUUGAUAACAAUAACAAAGAAAUUGCAACAAUUGCCAUUUCCGCUCCUAGCCCCCCCAGUAAUGAUAUCAGCAACUCAGCGCAAUCAACAAAAACUACGCAGUGUCCACCUAAUUUGGUCUUAAGUGACGACGCGCCAACUGAAGAUACCUAUUGUCCGAUCACACCGCGUUGCAUUGUCGAUGAUAACCAGUCGAGUGACAAAGACGACGUCGACGAGUCCGAAGAUGAGCUUCUGGUGCAGUUUCUCGGUGAAGUGUAUCCCAUUGCCGAGGCGCGGUUGGCGGCACGACGGCAGGCGCGGGCGGAGGCGCGUGAAAUACGGAUGCGGGAAUUGGAGCGCCAACAGAAAGAACAGGAACAGAAUGCCGAUCGUGUAUUUGACAUGCAAAGCGGUAGUGGGAAUGCCAGUAGUAUUGGCGACUCGCACUUCGCAAAUCCCGCACGACUCGUCCAUGGGCUCUUAAACGUGACACGCGCCACAACGUCGCGUCGCAGCAGCGAAGACUCGCUCGAGGAAGAGGGCCGAAGUCUGCGAGACAUUAGGCAUGAGCUUAAAGAUGUUGAGGAGCGCUUCCGGAAAGCGAUGAUCACAAAUGCCCAACUCGACAACGAUCGUGCAUCACAAACAUAUGAGGUGAAGCUGCUAAAGGAUAAAAUUGAGAGCAUGCAGGAGGCAUUCGCACAGCUGCAGCGUGAAUUCAAAGAGAAGACGCGCGAGUGCAAUGCAUUUAAGCGUAAUCUGGACAGGAGCACACUUGAGCUGAAGCUCGUGCAGGGGCAGUUGAAUGAGCGUGACGCUCUUAUAGCAGAACAGGGUCUUGUUAUUGUAGUCAUUGAGAAUGCCGACGGUAGUGAUGCCAAGCGAGCUCUAGUCAGUGUUGAGAAUGCAAACAUAUUGGCUUCGGUCCAGGGGUCUCUAGAUGUAAGACUCAAAAAGUUCAAUGAGGAGAAGCAACAGUUGGUCGCUGAAGUUCAAAAGCUCCACGAACAGUUGGAGUCAUUUAAAACAGAAGGCAAGAUGGGUCGGGGCAGCUCAUCCAAUGGACCCUUCAGUUACGAUGAUGAUUAUGAGGCUCAAAGGGAAGCAAAUAAGAUCAUAUCAGACUAUAAGUAUAAACUGCAAAAGGCUGAACAGGAAGUCGCAAGUCUGCAGGCGAGCUUAGCACGUUCAGAGACACAAGUCAUACGCUACAAGAGCACGGCAGAGGCGGCCGAGAAAGCGGAAGCGGAACUAAAAGUUGAGCGCCGCAAACUGCAACGAGAGACCUUGUUAGUGGCGCAUUUCUGGGACGAAUGUCACUGUCAGUAGAUCGAGCGAUUUGAAUCAAUAUAUACAUAAUAGCUCAUCGGGAAACUUUGGAGCGGCUGGAGGAGGCGGAAACAGCAAAUAAUCAUUUAUUGAAACGUUUGGAUAAAUUGAAGAAUGCAAAGAGCGCAAUUCUGAAGGACUUAUGACCUACAAUAGGCAAUAAUAUUGUGACAGCAACAACAAAACCAUCAAUAGCGACAACAACAACAACAGCAUCGAAAAUGACACUUCAGCAACCACGCGCACUCGCCAUGAGAACAACAUGUGAUGGUCGAGGGGAGAAUGGGCACCACGACGAGGUCAACAAUAAAGGCAGCUGCUCCUAAGGACAUCAAACAAUCGGAUGCCACUGGACGAUGAACUAUAAAAACAACAACAAAGGAACACACAACCAGACUACUCGAAAGCCAAUCAUACUCUCUUUAUAUACAUACAUAUACGCAGACUUAGCUUUGCUUAAAACAAUUUCCAUCAGAAAGUCGCCGCGCACUAAGUGCAAUAAAGCCGCUGGCCAAUUUGGAAAGCGAUUUUUGGGACAUUCGA